UCCUUUUUGUUUUUGUUUUUGCUUUUGAUUCAUUGUUAUUUGCCACGUUAUUGUUCUUUUUUGUUUAAUCACGUGUUUGCUAUCUUUUUGUUUACUUUAAGGUUGUUGGUAAUGCUAUUGUUAGGUUUGUAGUGAGAAGAAGAAGGUGUUGUGGGGAAUUUCUCAUAGGUUUCUUCUGUGAUGAUGGCACACAACUUAACUGGGCAGCUUGUGGGUUCAGAGAUACAUGGGUUCCACACGUUGCAGGAGCUGGAUGUUGAGAACACUAUGGAGGAAGCAAGAAGCAGGUGGCUUCGUCCCAAUGAGAUUCAUGCCAUACUCUCUAAUUACAAAUAUUUCACGAUCAAUGUCAAGCCAAUGAAGCUGCCCAAAAGUGGUACUAUUGUACUAUUUGAUCGCAAGGUGCUUAGGAACUUCCGAAAAGAUGGGCACAACUGGAAAAAGAAAAAUGAUGGAAAAACUGUUAAAGAAGCCCAUGAACACUUAAAAGUUGGUACUGAAGAAAGGGUCCACGUAUAUUAUGCACAUGGCCAAGAUAACCCGAGCUUUGUCCGUAGAUGUUAUUGGUUGCUUGAUAAGACUCUGGAGCAUAUUGUCCUUGUUCAUUAUCGAGAAACACAGGAGUUGCAAGGUUCUCCUGUCACACCUGUAAAUUCGAAUUCAAGUUCUGCCUCUAAUCAAACCACACCGUGGAUUUUAUCAGAAGACUUAGAUACUGGGACCAAUAGUGCUUAUGCUGAUGGGCUUAAUAAUUUAACAGUCAAAAGUCAUGACCUGAGGCUUCAUGAGAUUAAUACACUUGAAUGGGAUGAACUAGUGGCUUUAAAUGAUAACACCUCUACUAUACCUAAUGGAGGCAAUGUUCCAUGUUUGGAUCAACAAAAUCAAAGUUUACUGAAUGACAGCUUUGGCAAUGUAGCCAGCAAUACUUCUGCAGAAAUUCCUUCUUUUGAUAAUUUAACUCAGCCAAUUUCUGGGAGCUAUAGUGUCCCUUACAGUUCUCCAGAAAGUGUUGGUCUUCAGAGGAAUUGUCCUAUCUCUUUGGGUGGUGUUGAUUCCUUGGACACUUUGGUCAAUGAAGGCUUGCAAAGUCAGGACACCUUUGGAAUGUGGAUAGACAACAUCAUAUCUGACACACCAUGUUCUAUAGAUGAAUCAGCUCUCAAACCCUCAAUUUCUUCAUCUAUUCAUGAACCUAAUUCGUCGUUGGUGAUGGAUAAACAGCAAUCCUCUCUGCCAGAAUAUGUAUUUAAUCUCACUGAGGUGUCCCCUGGGUGGGCAUCUUCCACUGAGAAAACAAAGGUCCUGAUUACUGGAUUAUUUCAUAAUGACUAUCAACACCUUGCAAAGUCUAAUCUACUGUGUGUCUGUGGUGAAGUAAGUGUUCCUGUAGAAAUUGUUCAGGUCGGGGUUUACCGAUGCUGGGUAUCGCCACACUCUCCUGGAUUCGUGAAUCUCUAUAUGAGCUUGGAUGGCCAUAAGCCUAUUAGCCAAGUUAUAAAUUUUGAAUAUCGUACACCUAUUUUGCAUGACCCUGCUGCUUCUAUGGAAGAGAAAUGCAACUGGAAUGAGUUUCUACUUCAGAUGAGGCUUGCUCAUUUGCUCUUUGCCACACAAAAGAGCCUUGAUAUUUUCUCUAGUAAAGUAUCACCUAAUGCACUGAAAGAAGCUAGAAAAUUUUCCUCCAAAACUUCAUUUAUUUCCAAAAGUUGGCAAUAUUUGAUGAAGUCAACUAAGGACAAUACAACUCCAUUUCCGCAAGCAAAAGAUGACUUGUUUGAAAUUGCAUUGAAAAACAAACUGAAGGAAUGGCUUUUGGAACGAAUUGUCUUAGGCCAUAAGACUGCUGAAUAUGAUGCGCAAGGCCAAGGUGUAAUUCAUUUAUGUGCAAUUUUGGGAUAUACUUGGGCUGUUUCCUUAUUUUCGUGGUCAGGCUUGUCGCUGAAUUUCCGGGACAAAUUUGGAUGGACAGCUCUUCAUUGGGCAGCAUAUUAUGGAAAGGAGAAAAUGGUUGCAACUCUGUUGUCUUUUGGGGCAAGGCCAAACUUGGUCACAGAUCCAACUCCACAAAAUCCUGGGGGAUGUACUGCUGCUGAUCUUGCUUAUAUGAAGGGAUAUGAGGGCUUAGCCGCUUAUCUUUCGGAAAAGUCUCUGGUUGAGCAGUUCAAUGACAUGAGCUUAGCUGGAAAUAUCAGUGGCUCUCUGGAAACUAACACUGCUGAUCCAGUAAAUUCUGAGAACCUUACUGAGGACCAGCUGUACCUAAAGGAUACGUUGGCAGCAUACCGAACAACUGCUGAAGCUGCAGCACGCAUACAAGCAGCGUUUAGGGAGCACUCACUAAAAUUGCGAUAUAACACAAUUAAAGUUUGUAGUCCUGAGGAUGAAGCACGCCAAAUAGUAGCUGCAAUGAGGAUUCAACAUGCCUUUCGCAACUUUGAGACAAGGAAAAGGAUGACAGCUGCUGCUCGGAUCCAGCAUAGAUUCCGUACCUGGAAGUUCCGUAGAGACUUUCUCCACAUGCGCCGUCAGGCUAUUAAAAUCCAAGCUGCUUUCAGGGGCUUUCAAAUGCGGAAACACUAUAAGAAAAUUAUUUGGUCUGUUGGAGUGCUUGAGAAAGCAAUCCUGCGUUGGCGUUUAAAGAGAAAAGGGUUCCGCGGGCUGCAGGUUAAUCCUGUCCAAGAAAUGAAAGAUGAGGAGGAAGAGGAAAGUGAUGUAGAAGAGGACUUCUUUAGGACUGGUAGGAAACAAGCUGUAGAACGUGUUGAGAGGUCUGUGGUACGUGUACAAGCCAUGUUUCGCUCUAAGAAAGCACAAGAAGAGUAUAGGAGGAUGAAGCUUGCCCAUAAUCAAGCAAAGCUGGAACUGGAAUUUGAAGAAUUUCUCAAUUCUGAAGUAGACAUGUUAACAACAAGGACAUAGCUUCCCAAAACAAGGUUCCCAUAAAAGGUUUUUAUUUUUGUGAUGUAGUCAACUCCUUAGACUCCUGUAACAAAACUAGUGUGAUAGGUUGGUUGCCUUUUUUGGUAUAGCCUGUAAAUAGUGUAAAUUCCUUAGUGUUGAUGUGAAUCGAUGACCCUUUCAAAUUGAUUUAAUAUCUUGAAUGGGUUAUGUAUGAACCUUAGUUGUGUAAUUUGAGCUCGCUCUAUUGUGGAUGCUUCUGAUGCAAAGAUCAAGUCUGUAACUUAAAUAACUAGAUUUGAAUAGACAUAAUUACUGUCAGAACUCAGAAUAUGUAUCAUCUCUACUCCUAAAU